CCCUGUCAGCCAUGUUGAUGAACUUACCUGUUGCAAUUUUCGGAGGUUCCCCCUAAAUAUUCACCAAAUAGUGGAUUAACGAUGUGAAAUAAUUAUACAGCGAUACAUAUUUAUGUUUUGGGAAUAUAAUUUUGUUGAAAAGUAAUAUAUUUCCAAUCUUUCGCAACGUGCUGAAGAGGAUUGUUUUUAACUGGUCAUCAGCCGAGUUCUCACGAAUGACAAAAGUUUACGUUUAUUGACAAUAUUUGACAUUCACAUUGCAAUCAUUGUAGUUGAAUAACUUCAUUUUCGUGCUGACUGACGCCAUAUGUUGCUGUCAGUUCUAGGCCUAGUGUUUAACAAUUAAUUCAAAGUUUUGCUUGAUUUAAAAUCUAAGAUGGAGUGGGAAAAUCAACGUGUGAGCACUCCAUCAACACCAAACAGUGUUGGAAGCCAUUCAACUAGUUCAUCAAGGCCGCCCUCUUUCAAACCCAUGCAGCCUAGUUCAUCUAUCAGUGCCUUGGCCAAAUUAACAGAUGAAGACUUAAGAAGAAAGGGGGUAGAUGAUUUAACUAGAAUAAUAAGACGCGUUGAGAAUGAUUAUAAAGUGUUGAUGGGGGAACAAGGUCACAUGGUUAAGGAGGUAACCCGUAAAAUGCAAAUUUACCUGAUGGAAAUCCGCGGAUUGAAAGAAAAUAAUCAGAAAGUUCAAGAAGAGUGUCAAGAAUUACGCGAUCUGUGUUGUUUUCUUGAUGAUGACAGGCAGAGGGGAAGAAAACUAGCCAGAGAAUGGCAGAGAUUUGGUCGCUAUACUGCAAGUGUAAUGAGAAGUGAAGUAGCUGUCUACCAAGAUAAACUGAAAGAACUUGAACAAAAGCAAGAGGAAUUGAUUUCACAGAAUAUGGAACUAAAGGAAUUGUGUUUGUAUUUAGAUCAAGAGCGUAUUCAUAUGACACAGGAUCGUGAUGAUGGGGAUGGUAGUAGUAGUGGUACUAUGGCUGGUCAAGAAGAUGGAGUACAUUUAACAGAAAAUGAUAGACAGCAAACUCCUACACAAGCUAACACAUCUAAUAUUCCAGAUCAUACAGCCCAGUAUAUUCGCCAGUUAGAAGAUAAAUUAAGAAUAUUAGAAGAUGACAGAAAACAGUUAGCCCAGAGAGUUGAAAGAAAUGGUGCUGAAGGUUUUCGAGCUAAUGAUCGUAAUACAAACAAUACAAAUAGUGCAAAAUCUGAUUUACUACAGGAUCGAAAAUCAUCACCCAAUACUAAUCCCUCUCCUUCCAAUACAUCCAAACCAGAAGCUGUUGUGCAUGCUAUGAAGGUUCUACAAGUACAUGAACAACUAGAGAGGUCUCGUGGUGAAACUGGAGAUGAAAAUUUAGAUGAUAAAGAAUUGGCUAUUGUUAGAGAAAUGUGUAAUGUUGUUUGGAGAAAAUUGGGUGAUGGGAGACCCGAAAAUCCAGGAUCAAGACAGGGUCAUCAAGCUCCUACACAACAACAACAACGUCCCCCACCGUAUAAUGCUCCGCCAUCAUCGCGGCCGCCUAGUACUGUAAACCAACCUACACAACCUUCAAACGCUUACUUAUCUAAUCAUCAAUUCCAACCCCAUCACCAUGGUAACAGGGAUCCCAACUCUUAUCAUCCCUCUGCCCCUCCUCCCCAUCAUUACUCUAAUCAGCAUAUAGCUGGACAUGUUGACCCUCCCCAACAUCAUCACACCCAACCCCCACCAUAUCAAAACACACGACAGCCAGCUUCAUCAAGAUCGCCAUCUUACUUUUUGGAUCAAAAUGAUCCACCUCCUCCGCCCCCUCCCCACAUGCCUUACAAUAAUCAUUCCUCGGGCCAGCUUAGUUCUAGGCCACAUGGCCAUCACAGCUUACCCCCACCUCCUCCUCCCCCUGCAUCAUCAAGAGGUGAAUAUUAUCAUCAAGAAUGGCGUCAGACUUACAUGGAUGGAAACAACCCACCUUAAAUUAAAUUGCAUCAUGAAAAUUGUACAUUUGUAAUUUUAAAAAAAAACAAAACUAAAGUGAUUUUUUGAGUAUAAAAUGGAUUAAUUUCUUUUUCUUGAAUAUUGGGAAAAUAUUAGCUGUCUUGUAAAGACUUGUAAUGAAUAAGAUUUGGGGAUAACUUAAAAGCUUUAUUAUAUAGUUGUUAAAUGGCAUGGAGAAAACACAUUUACUUUUCUUUAUGUUACUCAUGAGGGCAAAUGUGACAGUAUUAUUUUCGGUGCGAAACUCAUUAAAUUUGUCUGUUAUUUGAAGUCAGAUUUUCUCACUAACAUAUAAAUGAACAAAUUGUUUGUCUCAUAAUUAAGUACGAAUCUAGUCCCAAUAAUGUUAAUAAAUGAAAAACAGCGAAUUGUUUUGAAUAUACUGCUAAAUAAAUUACUUUAUUAAAAUGGUAUUUGUAUAAGCAUAUUGUACACAAUAUAUUAUAUCAAAUCUUUUAUAUUCUUACAUAACAUAUUUAUAUACCUGAAACAACCUGCAUUAUAUUUAUAAUCUCAUUAUUGCUAUGCUUGAUGAUAGGUAGGGAACUUCUCUUAAACAUACAUUAUGCAAGAGCUAAAUCUGCCUAUUGCAAGUCUUUAUUUAGGUUUCAGAUUUUAUAGAAAUUAUUAAUUAGACCUUUAUUUACAUGACAAGCUCAAAAUCAACUCUGUAGACCCUUGGAUGGCUUGGAUACAGCUUGGAUUUAAACAGUUGUCCAUUUAAAAUUAAAUCAAUAAAUGGCCUACCAAGCUAACGUUUACCGUUAGUCACCGAUGUUGCAUCUGGAGACACCCGAUGAAAGGCCUACAAAUCGAGGGUACCAUAGCAAUUGAGAAUGUUACUUGAUAAUCGAGAAUAUGUGUGUGAAGUUAUCGUCUGUCAAUCAAACGGCAAUUCUCGUAGAUGGUGCAGACACAGUUGAUGCCUGUUUCUAGUCCAAAAUUCCAACAGUGACGACUCCGUUCAGAAUAAAGUAAUUUAACGGAAAUUUUCAUUAUAAGCUUUUUUUUAUCCUCUAUUUUUGAAUUAUUAUAGCAAGAAUGGCCAACUCUUUAUUAAACUCUUAACUAAUAUAUCUUUAAACCAGAUCGUAUAUAUAUAUAUAUGUACAUCAGGGGCCUUAUCAUUCUUGUCAACUUUUAAUUCCUUGCUAAAAAACCCUACACGCAAACGAAUUAUUGAAAUAUAAUGAAACCAGUGAGUUGGUCCUGAGAUGACCUAGUUUCUGUCGUGUAGACACUAAACCCCCAUUUCUCUGAGCACAGUAAUCUAUAUUAUAUUUUCAAUAGGCUUAAGUUGUUACUAAAUAUUGAGCCUUUUCCAAAAAUGUGGUUGUUUGAGUGGGCUAAUAUUGUAAUUGAUGUAUUCUUGGGUCAAUACUUAAUCAAAAUGUAUUAAAACAGCAUAUACCUGGUAUUAUACAUCAUAGGGAUAAAGUUCAGUUUAUUACAAUAUUAUUUUUGUGCACCCCUCACCCUACCAAUUCCCAUAUCCACCGAAAUCUGCCAUUGGUAUGAAUGAGGUAUUACAAGCUAAUUUUGUUCAGAAUAUAUCAUAAUAGAACAUUAAUUGUUCUGUUUAAGGAAGCAUUUAAAUAACACUGCCUUAUAUAUAUAUAUAAUAGCUAAUAUAAAGGGUUUUUUUUGUUUGCUGUAAUUCAUUAAAGCACUACUGUAUACUCAUUUUAUUUCGCAUCAUGGCAAUACACAACAAAUAUUCAUUUUUUCUUUACGAAAAUAAUAAUUCACACAAUUUUUUUAUUAAUGAUUAUUAAUUUGUCGCAGAUAACAGAAAGUGAAAUUUACAUGUAAAUAAUAUAUUGACCUUUUACAAUCAAGUUAUUAUUUAGUGCCUUUAUUAAAGAAGAGGGUAUGGUUUUACCCUUUAAAAUAGCUGCCUUAAAAUAUUUUGAAAGGGUUCACAUAUCUGGGUUUUUGAUGUAACAAAAAAUCUAUAAGGACUCUUGUGUAGGUGUACCCAUACAUAUACUACAGUUGAGAGAUUCUGUGAACAUACAAUAUUAAUAUUAUCAUGUUUAAAAUUGUAAAAUCUGCUAUUAUUGUGGGUUUUUUUUUACUGUAUUAUUAGGUUAGUGAAUAAAAUUAUUAUGUUAUU